AUGGACCGUCUUCACCAGCUCGUUCCACGCGGGCUCUACAUGGAGCCCGUUUUGCCUGCUGGCAUCAACCCGAAUAACCUCACUGCCGUGGCAGAGUACUAUGUCACACACCGCAUUCCACAGCGUUUCAACCCCGGUAUCGUCGUGGCUUCGAUUGCUGUUUCCGCUCUCGGUUCCUAUUCGACUCUUCUCGUUCUCGGCAAGCGUACCUCCAACAAGGGUAAAAAGAACAUCUUCCUUCUCUCGCUCGCUGCUACCACCAUGGCUGCCGUCGGUAUUUGGGGUAUGCACUUCAUUGGCAUGCACAUGAGUCUUCGUCCCGUCGCUGGCGUCAACUGGUACAUCAAGGUCGACCCUGGUUUCACCGUUCUCAGUCUUUUCGUUCCCAUCAUUGCUCUUCACGCCGCCUUCUUCAUCGUCGACGCUGCCAUCUCUUUCAGCUUCAUCCGAACCACCAUCUCCGGUGUCUUGACCGGUCUCAUUGUCAGUCUUAUGCACUACUCGGCUUCCCUCAAGACCAACUACGCGGUCAGCUACAGCCCUACCCUUGUCACCAUCUCGAUCGUUGUCGCCUGUGUCGCCUCUACUGUCGCCCUUACUGGCUUCUUCAAGUUCCGCUCCCAGUGGGAAGACUCGUGGUGGAAGCGUAUGAUCUGCGCCUUUGUUCUUGCUGCUGCCGUCUCGGGCAUGCACUACAUCGGUGUCUGGGGUACCAGCUACAAGGUCAAGGCUUCUACCAUCACCGGUAUGAACGAGAUCAGCUUGCUCAUCGGUCGUCAGCGCAACAACAUUCUCGUUAUCGCCAUCGGCUGCAUGUGUUUCGUCAUCAUCUGCUUCUCCAUCUUCAUUGCCGUCUCGGACAUGCUUAUCGUUCGUGACGCACGAAGAAAGUCCAAAAAGGUUGUCGUCUGCUCUGCCACCUUUGACAAACAGGGUCGUCUCCUCGUCAAGCCUGACGGUACCAUGCCUCUCAUGAUCAUCGAGACCGAUGUCAACACCCGUGACAUCUUGGAUGCCCUUGACAACCGUCAGCCUACCUUCCAAUGGCUCUACUCGCUCUCGUGGGACUGGGCGAUCAUCAGCCCUUGGCUCCGCGCCAUCACUUCUCGCUUCGCUGCUGAGUCCCAGAACGCUCAGAGCAACGAGGCCCUUUGGAAGAGUCGUGGCAAGAAGAUGAUCGCUCAGGGCCGACGAUCCCUCGACAUCUCCGAUGACCGACGCAAGGGACCUCAGAGCUUGGCUGACUUCCGUGACCGCUUCAUUGACGCUGCUUACCACCUUGCUCACGAGCUCGACAUUCCUUUCGAGGAGAUCGGAGUUCUCUACGACCACGUCUUGCCCACUGGAACUCGUAGCGAGGGAAACAGCAGCAACCCUAACAACCUCAUCCCUGACAAGUUCACCCCUUCCCGCCAGUUUGCCGAUGACGAGAGCUCCAUCAACGGUCCUGUUCCUUCCAUCUUUGGUGAGGGUAAUGACCAGGAGGAAGGUGCCAUGUUGUUCCUUGUUCGCGAGCUUCCUAACUCGGCCGCUUCCACCGAGCGUUUCCGGCAGAUGGGUUACCGCAUGACCGAGACUCGUUUCCUUGCUGGUGUGCUUGCCGACCGUGUCGCAGUGCAGAAGGACGAGAUGGAGCCUUUGCUUGACUCGCUCAAGGUUUACGCCAAGCGUGGUACUCGUCCUGUCGUUCAGCCUGGAGGAGUCUACUGUGGUCUCUUUGGCGUUCGCGCAUCGACUAGCAAGGAGGGUGGUCUGGAUGUGCUUGUCUACAACUUUGCUCGUCACCAGAUCCCUGCCUACCGUCUGCCGGACGUUCAGUGCAUCACGCCAGAGAUGAAGACCUUCCUUGGCUCGCUCGAUCAAGCUACCAUGGAGGACGCCAUGAAGGUCUGCGAGCGCGAGUCGAUCCGCUCUGGUGAACGUCGCAAGUACCUUCAGUCCAUCUCCUCCGUCAACGUUGCUGACAACCAGGAGAACGAGGCCGAACAGGAGGCUGUCGAGCUCAUGAUUCAGUUCCAGACUGCUCUCUUCAUUGCUCUUGACGCUUUGCACAACUCGGUCCGCUUCUACCCCAAGAUCUGCCAGACUGCUCGCAUCAGCGCCGAGGUUCUUGAGGUGCCUUCCAGCCUUGACGAUUCUACUGCUCCCGCCGAGAUGAUCUUGGUUCAAGCUGUCUUGCCUGAGGCUCGCACUAUGCCCGCCUCGUACUCGGCUUCCGAAGGCCAGCACGCCGUCUCCGAGGUUGUGCCUACGGACAAGCCCAACUCGGCUACUCCCUUCGUCUUUGUUCCCUACACUCUUUUUUCCAAGUCGCAGAUGAUGCUUCUCCGCGGUCGUCAGGCUGAUGACUUUGAGCACGAGGUCAUCCUCGAGAUGCGUCGCAGGUACCCCUCUUCCCUCCAGUCCGAGGCUGAAGAGAAGGGUCUCUUCGAAGCAGCUUCGCCUCGCCGCAUCUCGCACAAGGAAUCAUUCAUCUCUGCCGGUCGCUUCAACACCAAAAAGUACGCGGGUAGCGAUGACGAUGACAAGCUCGAGACCAGCUCCAAGUUCUCUUCUGACGACAACCCUGCUUCGCCCAUUACUAACAAGUUCAGCGUCUUGCCCAGUACCAAACGAUGGGGUAAUGGAGCUCGUCGUGGGUCGAAGGAAGAUGGAUUUGAGCAAUACGAGCAGCAACAGCAGCAGUACCAGCAGAGGAGAGCUGAUGGUACUACCGCGCUUUCACCCGGUCGCCGUCAAUCGAUUACCUCUUCGCGAUCCCGUCAGACCAACGAGGAUCAUGAGAUGAGGCAGCUCAACGACGGUCCUCUUUCGCGCGCUGAUAGCAUGUCGAGCCGUAAACCUGUUCCCUCUGUCUCAGGUUCGAGCGUUGCAGGUGGUAACAACAUGAACAGCUCUCUUGGCGUUCGUCGUUUCAUUCAGGGUCAGGAAGCUGCUCAGCAAUCACGAGAUGGUCGAUUAGUUCACACCAUGGACGAUGUCAUCACGGAAGAAGGUCAGGUUCAACGCGAUGGAGACUUGCGAUCCAUCUCUCCUGACUGUGGAGAGAAGGAGACCUCUUACCCUCCCACAUCGCCUUACCCCGCUCAACCUCCUCAACCUUCUCAACCUUCUCAAACUCCUCAACCUCCUCAACCGCGAACAUUGACUGAAGCUUCCAACUUAGUCUUUGGUCAAGGUCAAUCGCGUUCAGCAGCCCGCCCAUCUACGGCACCAGCAAACGUCAUCCGACGCGAGCCCAACUUGCUUCGACCCUCCUCCUCUGGCGCUCAACAGCAACAGCAACGAGCAUUGCCAGUAUCACAAAGGCAAAGGAGGAACCGAACAGCCAUCAGCCCAGGUGUAAAUCCCUCUCAUCAAGAUGAAGGCAGUUUGCAUGCCAGAUUGCAGUCUGACGGAUGGCACGCAAGGCAAAUUCAAAGCUUGGAGAGAAGUCCAGCUGGAACUGCGCUACUUGGUGUUGACUUUUAA